AUGAUUUCUGUUGAUGUGGCAAUAGGUAUGGUGAUCCUCACUCAGGCUGGAAUAGGGACUGUGGGGAAUGUCUCACUCCUUUGUCAUUGUAUCUGCUCUCUUUUUAAGAGGCAUGGAUUGAGACCAAUUGAGCAAAUAAUCAACCAUCUUGCUUUAGCCAAUACUUUGACCCUAAUCUGUGGAGGAAUCCCUCCAACAUUGGCAGCCUUUGAGAUGAAGUAUUUCCUAAGUGACAUCGGAUGUAAACUUGUCUUUUAUUUUCACAGAGUGGCCUGGGGAACUUCUCUCAGUGUCACCUGCCUUUUGGGUGGCUUUCAGGCCUUAAGUAUUAACCCCCCAAACUCCAAGUGGGCAGAACUCAAAUUCAGAUCCCAGAAGUAUAUUACUACUCCAUGUAUCCUGAGCUGGAUGUUUCACUUGCUGGUUAAUGUCAUAGUUCCCAUGAGAAUGACUGGACAGAAGAAUGGCAGAAAUGUCAGUGUGAAAUCAAAUCUUGGCCAUUGCUCUUGUCUGUCCAUUAACACAAUUACAGAAUCAAUCUGUUCAGUUAUUUUCUCCUCUGUUGAUGUUGUUUGUUUGGGAUUCAUGAUAUGGGUCAGUGGAUCCAUGAUACUUUUCCUUCACAGGCACAAACAGCAAGUCCAAUACAUUCACAGCACUAGGCAACCCUCCCCAACAUCCCCUGGGACCAGAGCCACAAAAUCUAUCAUGUUACUUGUGAGCGCUUUUGUCGUAUUUUAUUCUCUCUCUUCUGCCUUUGAGAUGUAUGCUUAUCUUUUUGGCAAUCCACAGUUGUGGCUUGUGAACACCAGUGUGCUCCUAGCAUCCAGUUUUCCAACCCUCAGUCCCUUUUUGCUCUUAAAGAGUAACGCCCAUGUCUCUAGCAUCUGCUCUUCCUGCUGA